AGAGGGCGAUGAUACAUUUUCAACGAAGUCAGGAACAAAAAGGGAAGAAGACAGAGGUGACGUCAGCAUCAACAACACAGAAGCUAUGGCUAAUGACAAGAAUUCUCUUGGCCAGCUCAAGGACCUGGUGGAGUUGAAGGACCAGCUGGAGGACAUCCAGAGACGAAUGGAGGAUGAGAUACAGGCUGGGGUUCCACCAGGAGGCAGUCUGCUCGCUUCUCCUUUCCUGAAGGGUUUUAUGGCCGGGUACAUUGUCGCCAAGCUCCGCUCCUCAGCGUUGCUCGGUGUUGCAGUAGGAACAUGCACGGGGAUCUUCGCAGCACAAAGUUAUGCCGUUCCCAACAUAGAAACCACCGUCAAAGACUACAUCAACAACCUGAAAGCAGGACGCAAGUCAGAAGAUGAUAAGAAAAGUGGGGGAGGAUGAGAGACAUCUACAAGAAGAGGGCAUCAAUACAGCUACAGAUGGGAACAGAUACGUAUUUCAAAAGUUAUUACAUUGAUACACAAAGAUGAGUGAAAAGGAAAAUUGUUGUCUGUCAGGUCCGCUUUUAGGGUAAGGUUAAAUAUAUAUUUUUCUGUUUCUGUUUAAAUCUAAAUCUUGUUUAUUUGAACUAUUGUUACAUGGGAGAUGUCAAAAUACCCAGGAAAAGGAUUAUAAUUUAGUUAUUUUAAAUACACAGUAUUUUUGUGGUCUAUGACUUAAAUUUAGGUACGACUUGAAAUCAUUAAACCUGCUGAUUUCUGAUCCCAAGUUGUACUUAAAACUUCAAUAGGUCCUUAGCAAAGAUUCAUUAGACCAAAACAUGGUCUCAUUAUGUGUCAUAGUGUUUUAAAGCAGUGUUUCUCAACCAUUUCCAGUCACGACCCAACGGUAUAAUCUGACUGGUAGAUGAAGUCUCAAAUAUAUCAUUUUAUUUUGAAUAUAUAUUUUUUUAUUUUUCUCCACAACCUUUAAAGCUUUAAUAUAAAGUACUUGAAGCUCUGGGGAUGAUCCAUCCACAUCACAAGGUGAUGCUUUGUGUAGAAGCUGUCAAAAACCUUCAUGUGGUUAUAGGUCAAGUUUUCUGUUGCUGAAUAAUUUCUAUUUUGAAUCGUAGCCCUCGUCUCUGGAGAUGUCCAUGAAAAAUCUAUUUAGGUUUACUUCAGAGACCUGUCGUUUUUAUAAUGGUAAAAAAGACUAAUAAAUAUAAUAUUUCCUGUAAAAAAACUAAAUCAAGAGUUUUGGAGAUAGUUAGCAGAUCGUCAGAUGAAAAUACAAACAUAAACAAAAUGUAGUUUCUUGUUGCACUUGGGAGUUUAAACCAAACCUGGAAGUGUGUGUUUAAGUACUUUAUGUAAAACAUAUAUCAACAGUGCCUACGCUGUGUGGACUUGAUAUGAAUAUCUCAUGCCAUGUGUGCAAUAGCCUCUUCCUGCUGGGAUUUGGCUGCCUAUUUCAUAUGCUGGAGACUGAUUAUUUUGCACUUCUGAAAUUUUAGGAUUGAAAGCUGUUCCGUUAUUGUACAGAAAUCACUGAUUGAACUAUGAAAAGAAAAUCAAUGAAAUGCUGAAUAUUCAAUUUAUUUAAAAAGUGGUAUCUGUGUCACGUGUUGUUGUAAAGUACUUUCUGCAAGGUUGGUUUUUCUUUUUGAGGAAGAGAAAUUUUAACUAUAAAAUUGAGACACAUUCAUAUUAAUUAAUAAAUGUCCUUAACCAAGCUGUUAGGACAAUAAUCUGAAACCUAAUGCACAGAACAACUUCUGAACUGUAGCAAAUUUAAUAAUAAAUGGAUAAUUAAAGUCUGUCUUGUCUUGUAGGAAAUCAAAAAUUAUGUUUUAUUUGUAAAGAGACAGUUGCAUUUGUUUGGUUUCAGGGAGUUCGCUCUAUUUAUGAUGUGAAGGGGAACAACCUAAAGAAUUAUGUGUUUUUCUCCACCUUGUUAUUUGAGAUACAAGUGUUUCAUUGUAAAUUAGGCCAUAUUCCCCAAAGAAUAUUUAUAUAUGUAAACCUAUAUAGAAGUAUAUACUGAUUUAAGAAGAUAAAACCUUGUCUACGCAUCUUGACACAUUAUACAAUGAAUUCUUCUCAAAGCAAAGAAAUAUAAAUAAAUAGAUAUAAAAGAUAAAUAUUUUGCACUAAGAUUUUACUUUUUACAUGACAUUAGUUUACGGAGGUUCUGUGUAUUGUUGCCAUUGACAUUAAAGCACAUUGCUGAUCUGCACAGUCUCACCUGUGGUAAGUUUUAGCCAAAAAGCCAUAGAUGAGAAACCGAGUUCAGUCUGAGGUUUUGAUCACUUUAGUUUUUACUUUAACUGGAAAGUGUGAUGGAAAAUAUACAAAGUGUAUGUUUGGUAACUGGAACACAUAAACAACUUGUGCCUAUUGACAAUCAUUGUGUUGUUGUCCUUAUAUUGCAUGCUCUUAUUUUUUGUAUUUCCUGUUCAUCAUGUGUUUGCUUGUUUUCUCUUGUUCUUUAUUCGAUAUCUUACUUUAAAGCUUUAUGUGCUGUGGAGUCAGUGCCAGACGGGUCAGUUGAUGGUUCUUUACUUCACUGUUUUAUCGAAAGAUUUUCACUCCUGCUUGUCAACGCAGAAGUUUUCAACUUGACAGUGUGAAACUCCAUCACAACUUUGUAAAAGAAAACUAGUGAAACUGUCUUUUAUAAGGUUUAUUUGUGUUCUUUGAAUAAAACGGGAAAAUACAGUUUA